AUGAGUACAAACGAAAACAGCAACGAUGCUCGCUCAGGAUCGAGUUCUAAAGGUAGUGAUUUGCACAGGUAAGAAAUGGCAUGAAAAAACAUCCCCUCGAUCAUAUCUCUGUUCCUUGAGUAAAUCCCGGAGUAAAUGCAUGCAUCAUGCAUGUUUUUAUAAAACACAUUUGUACACCCUUGUGCAAUUCCGAUUAAUAUGCGGGAUUAUUUCAUUUAAAUUUGCGGGUCAUCUCAUAUUUGUUUAUCUUGAAAGACUAAAUUAAUUUUAAACGAAAUUUUUAUGUUACACUCGUUAGUAGGACCUAUUUGACUGAAUACCAUGCUUUGUAGCCUCUUUCUUGAAACCGAAAGUUGAUUGUUCGGUGAAACCGAAACCUAAAAGCGUGAGAAGAAUAUUCACAGGGUCAGUGACCCCAAGGUAAACGAAUUUAUGAACAAAAGUAAAAGCGUGGAAUCUUUACUGUUGAAAUAAGUAAUUUUCGAUUUGCAUCUCAGAAGAAAUUUUUAGUAGGAAGUCGAAUAUAAAACCAGGAGCAUACGGAAACUGACGAUGAUGACGAUGGAUUAUUGGCGUAUAGUUUUAUGUUGAAAUGCGCUCUAACGAGAUGUCAUAUUAAUAAAGUUUACAGUAAUAAGUAUUAUUAUUAUACAUUGUAGUCACCAUCUGUCUUCUCAUUGGCUAAAAGCCUACAGUUAAUUCUGGGAAACAGCGCAACCUACAGAUUAUUCACUAAUCUGUACCUACAGAUUAGUUAAUAAUCUGUAGGUUGCGCGCGCAAUGCAUGAUUUCCAAGAGCAAUGUCAAGUGCACGGACAGCAAUGUCAAGUUCGCGAAGUAAGAAUGGCUUCUAUAAAAAAAAAAUAAGAAUGGCUUGUAUAAUAACACAAUUAUUAGAUUCGUUUUUGUGAUAUCCGGAAUAAUCAAGGUCUCGGUUAGUGUUAUCAGCCGAAGCCGAACUUACCUCGACCUUGAUUAUUCCGGGUAUCACAAAAACCUCAUCCAAUAAUUGUUUAGUGUCCACGUACGUCGAACUUGAGAUCGUCACGUCAUCAACAGUUAUUGCUUCACAUUGGACUUGACCGGCUCAAUGACCGGGGCAAAGACCAACUGUCAAAUCAAACACAUGGGAUAGAUAUAACUUUUUAUUAUGUUUUUAUCUUAUUUCUUUAACGACUCAUUUCUUGUUAUAUUGUGUUUCAAAUCGUUACUAUUUUUAUUAGUAUUAUUAGUGUUGCUUAACAUAAAAACUAGAUAGUCACGUUUGUAAGAGUCGAUAGGAAGAGUUAAAAUUAAAAAAUUCUUGUGCUCUCUAUUUUAUUUACAAACUUAAAUUUUACGCACGUACUCACGUAAAAAUUGCGCCUCACUGGAAAUCAACCCAAACUUUCUUUUUAUAGCGCUUGUAGACUAACUGGCUAUGAGAAUUGGGAUCGUGUACAAGAAAGAUAUUUCAUAACAGAUUUUUUUAUCUAACCGAUUUUGAAAGACCCUUUGUAAACCAAGGCUUACGAAGAACUUGUUUUUCAGCUUUUCCCUUUAAUUUUUCAGUGGAAAAAUAAAAGGGAAAAAUAAAUUGACGUGUAUUUCUUUACAGCAAGGAGCUCAAAAGUGUGACCUCCUUUAACCCUUUCACUGCCAAGUUUAGCCAAAAGCAACUUUUGACCAAAUUUCCAAAUUUUAUUUUGUGAAAUUUUGAAAAACAAAUAGCACCAUGUGAAGGUACAGCCAAGCACUCAGUGAAAGGGUUAAUUAACUCGCAUUUUUUCAUGCUGACAUUAACCAAUCAGUAGUCGAGGAUAGUUUCCAGCUGGUUUCUGAUGGGAUUAAAUCUGCACGAAAGAAUGGGAAUAAAUCAAAAACGGCCGCAAUUUUGGGCUCCCUGCUGUAAGAAAUUUCUAUGGUAAUCUAUCAUUUAAGUAUUUAUAAGGGCCUUUGGUGAAACUGUUUCGAAAAGACGCGCCUUGUGACUAUAUCAUUUCAACUUAUCAAACGUUACACGAAAUAUGAAAAAAUAUAACUUCAGUUCCAGUUUUAGCCGUUUAUUUUUAUCAGGUAGGUAUGUUAAAGAGGUAGCACUUUUCAAUAUAAGGUAUACAAAAUGGGUAUCUUUUCUGCCAUGAAUAUUAUAUACUAAAAAAGUAAGAGGUUGGACCCUGGACGGAGCCUCUCCUAGAACUGUAGAAGGACACAAAACAAAAUAAAAACCAAAGAGAGGCAUGAAUAAGGUUUAAUGUACAUGUAAUUAUUCCUCACCUGUGGUUUCUCUUUAAAGGACGAAACCAGUAAGGUUGAUUAAACUUUGUCUAGCGUUCCGUGAUAGCAUUCUUCAAUCACAAAACCCAGUUUUUCCCGCUAUUCUGUUAUCCCUACGAUCCGUUCCCCGUAGAAGCACCGACUCAUUCCGCGUUCACGGUUUGGAGUAUCUCCCUGGCCUCCGUAGCGAUACAAAGAGGUUCUUGAUUUUUGGAGAAAGUGUCUGCAGUGUGCCGAAUGAUGAAUAUCUCACUUUGCCCUGCAUUCCUUUCGCCAGGUUCAGAUCCAAAAAUGCUCCAUCCAACGCCUCCGGAGGGAACUUCGAUAUGAGGGAAAAUGGUGCUCGUCGGAUAAUAAAAUUGAACCCCGUAUGAGACAAAUCUGGGUCUGGUCCAGGCUUUACUUGACCCCUUAAGGAGACAAUAGGAAGUUUAAGCAAAGACGCUUUAAGCGACGCCCGUCAACCAACCGGAAGUGAAGCCUUUGUAUGCGUGGUAUGCGUUGAAGGUACCUAAUUUGCAUUGCUAAGCAGAAAGUCCACUUCCGGUUGAUGUGCGUCGCUCAAAAACGUCCGUACGAUGUGCUGUCCUUUUUUUCCUAUUUAGAAAUGUCUUUACGCACAACACUUGACUCGACUCGACACUUUCCGCCUUUCCAACGCCCUGAUUGAGCUAAUUCGUAGCAAAAUCUGUCAUUUGUACCCUUAUAAGAGAUGACAGCCUUUCCAAUCCCUUUGUAUGCGAGUCUCCCUUCAGCUGCCAACCCCGGAUCAACCCUCGGCGGAGAAGGAAUGCAGUAGUCAAUACUCAAACGCUUCUAUUUGCUUUCUUUCAGGAACAUCACUAUAAUAGUGGGAGUCCUAUUAGCUGGCGUUGUCUUUGUGAUUAUAUCCUGUUAUCUGUACAAAUAUCAUCCAGCGUUUUGCAGGGCAUGUGGUCCUUGGCUAAUGCUUUGCGAA